UGGUAGAUCAGGAAAAUGGGAGGGAGGAGGUGUUACUCAGAGCACUUUGUUCCCUCGGAAUUGAACCGGGUUGAGGAGAAGCGAGAGCAGAGAGCAGUUUAGCUGCUCCCCCAUUUAUGGAAAAAGUGGUGUGCUCCGCGCAUGGGCAUCCCUGUGUUUUGAAGACGGGCAUCCGGGAUGGCCCAAACAAAAACAAAAGCUUUUACAUGUGUGGUGUCCAAAACCAGCAAUCGUGUGGAUUUGUGCUCACUACAGAGCUUAGCCCUUCUCAUUGCCUGGUACAUGAAGAAUAUAUAGUGGACCUACAAGUUUUGAUGAAGGAACAGGAGAAAGAAACAUACAGGCUGUUCUAUCGAUGCAGUAAAGCUAAAGCAGAAGGGAAACAAUGGUGUGGAAGUGUCCCAUGGCAGGAAUCAAAAGCCAAGACAAUCCCAACCAAACCACAUCCUCAGCAAAUGCUGGGGUUGAUCGAUGAUCACAAAAAUCAAAGAAAUCCAUUCAAAGUACCAAACAAGAACCAAGAAUUGUCAUUUGUUAAGGAACUGAAUGGCAGAGAGGACAAAAAUCAAAAUAGAAAAGGACAUGAGAAAAAAGAAACUGUAGAGUUUGGCAAGGAGAGCAAGGAAGCCUUUCAGAAAUUAUCAUCUGAAUCCAAAAGAAAAGAGCUUCUAACAACACUAAAGAUCAAGAACACACACUUUGAAGGAAAAUGUGAGAAUUCAUAUGCAGGAGGAAUAGAAAACCAAGCAAAAUCAAGUGAGGCCAUGUCUGUAAGGGAGAAAGUGACAUCUCUGAAUGAAUACAAACAUCUGGGUAAAAAGGCCGAGAUGCCCCCUGGUCACACUGGACAUGGUUCAACUGUGAGAACUUCUGGAGUUGAUGUGCGGAAAGAAAAAAGAUCAGAACAGCCAUUGCUAAAUUUCAAGAUCCAGAAAUCUAGUGGCAGGCCCAUUGAUGAGAUACAGACUGGCAAAGGGGUUCCAGAAACCUGCAAGGACAAAAGUAUAACAAUGAAAACAAAUGGCCAUUGGGGCGCUAAAAAAGAGACAGGAGUGCCUAGGGAUCAUGUAGCUGUUCAGGAAUUGACAGGCUCAAUUCCUGGCGCACCCCACAAAGCAAAUCCAGAGAAAUCAUCAGAGCUGUUACAGAUGGGAGUCACUCCGGGGGAGAAAGACUGUAAAAAUGUUAGAGGUGGUGAAUGUGAUAAAUCUGUGCCUUUUGAAUUACCUGUUGUGCAAGGAUUUGAUUCCCAACAAAGAAAAGACAGCAGUCAAAAGAAAUUAUCUCCCAUAUUGCCAGAACUUUCCUCUUUUCAGAUCACAGAAAAUGUGGAUUCCAAAGUAUUUUACCACCAACUUUCAGUUCAGCUGGAAAAGAAAAAGAAAACUUUGAAAUUGGUGAAUGUGCAGGCCCUGCCAGAUAAAGGUGAACGAUUAUUAAAGCAAGUGGAGGAGCUGGAAUCUGCACUUAGCAAUCUGAAUUUGGAGACAGAAGAAAGUGCAAAGGGUGGAGAAGUGAACAUUAUCCAUCAGGAAAAGACUGAGCAAAACCCCAUGAAGCAGCCAACUACUGAGUUGAAAGGAGAGUCACAGCCAUUCCAAAAACACCAUGCAGCCAGUUCCUUGGAGCUCUGUCUUCCUUUGGGAUCUAGUCAACACUUCAGUAACACUACAGAGGAUUCCCAUAUUCAGGCCCUUUAUGGAGGACGAAUGACUGAAGACCGUCUCCAAGCUGUCUACAAUGCCACGAGUGACGCAAUUAGUCAGCUCCACAAAUCUCUUGAGUCCUGCCCUACAGAGGAGACAGUGGUUGAAGAUCCACCUGGGCUGAAGGUCUCCCUGCUGUUACAUCAAAAGCAGGCACUUGCUUGGCUCCUGUGGCGGGAAAAUCAGAAACCUUGUGGAGGAAUUUUGGCGGAUGAUAUGGGCUUAGGGAAGACUUUAACAAUGAUUGCUCUUAUCUUGGCCCAGAAACUUAAACAGAGAGAAAAAGGAAAAACGAAAGAGAAAAAACUAGAAAUGUGGAUGUCAAGAAAAGAUUCCACUGUUGUCAAUUCCUGUUCCACUCUGAUUGUGUGCCCUGCAUCCCUAAUUCAUCACUGGAAAAAUGAGAUUGAAAGACACGUAAGAAGUGGCAAUCUGAAAGUCUGUUUGUACCAUGGACCCAACCGAAUUAAGAAUACUACUGUCCUUUCUGAAUAUGACGUUGUUGUGACUACUUACAGUAUUCUGGCUAAAGAAAUUCCUACACAGAAAGAAGAAGUAGAGGCUGCUGCUGAAGACUUUGUAGUGCAGGAUAAAUCGCUUCCUUUUUCUCCCCUGCCUUGGAUACACUGGGCUCGAAUUAUACUGGAUGAGGCUCACAACAUCAAAAACCCCAAAGUGCAGGCCUCAAUGGCGGCCUGUAAACUGAGAGCUACUGCCAGAUGGGCUGUUACUGGGACACCCAUUCAGAACAAUCUCUUGGAUAUGUACUCUCUGCUCAGAUUCCUUCGCUGCUCUCCUUUUGAUGAAUUCAAGGUGUGGAGAAAUCAAGUGGAUAACAAUACAAGGAAAGGAGGAGAGAGAUUGGCUAUUUUAACCAGGAGUCUCUUAUUGCGAAGAACUAAGGAUCAGUUGGACUUAUCUGGCAAGCCCUUGGUCUUGCUUCCUCAGCGUCAUACUCGCCUACACAGAUUAAAACUCUCAGAGGAGGAACAGUCAGUGUAUGAUGUUCUGUUUGCAAGAUCAAGAUCAACACUGCAGUCCUACCUCAGACGACAGGAGGCUCAGUCGGGGACAGGAUCAACUGGGGGCAAUCCAUUUGAUAAAGGAUCACAGCAGUUUAGGCCGAAUCAACAGGACCCUAUGGGCAAGAUCAGCCAAGAUAAUCCCCCCAUCUCCACUACCAUUCACAUCUUGUCCCUGUUGCUCAGACUCCGUCAGUGCUGCUGUCAUCUUUCUUUGCUGAAAGUGGCUCUUGACCAGGCAAACCUGGCCAGUGAAGGCAUCUCUCUUACUCUAGAGGAGCAGCUCAAUGCUUUGACCUUGUCUGAACCAGACAGCAGCGACCCUCAGUCUGUGGUCUACCUCUUUGGUGCAGCUUUCAGCGUGGAACUCUUUGAAGCCACCAGGCAGAGCACUAAACUCUCACAUCUCUUGAAUGAGUUGAAGGCUAUUCAAGGUCAUUCUCAGAAAAGUGUAAUUGUGUCUCAGUGGACUAGUAUGUUGAAGGUUGUAGCAGUACAUCUGAAGAAGCUUGGGCUGAAAUAUGCUACCGUGGAUGGCUCUGUGAAUCCUAAACAGAGGAUGGAUGUCGUUGAGGAAUUCAACAACAAUCCCAAAGGUCCUGAGGUCAUGCUAAUUUCUCUUCUGGCUGGAGGUGUUGGUUUGAAUCUGGUUGGUGGAAACCAUCUCUUUCUCCUUGAUAUGCACUGGAAUCCAGCAUUGGAAGACCAAGCCUGUGACCGCAUUUACCGUGUGGGGCAGAGAAACGAUGUCACAAUCCACAGGUUUGUCUGUAAAAGGACAGUUGAAGAAAAGAUCUCUGAGCUGCAAACCAAGAAAAAAGAACUGGCUCAAAAAGUACUGUCUGGAAAAGGCGAUUCCUUCACAAAGCUCACCCUGGCAGAUCUCAGGCUCCUUUUUGGCAUUUAAAAUUUGGUUCUCAUUGCCACCCUUCUCUAGUUUACAUAGUUUCCUUUUAAACGUUGUGUAUAUAUUUUAAAUAAAGUGACUAUUUUUGUCCUA